CCAUUACAGAUUUACAUAAUCACAAUAUCCCAAAAGCUUUCUCUCUCUAAAAUCCCAGGGCAGCAAUGGCGGACGAGAACUACGAAACGUCGAGGUUUAGUUUAUUACCAGAGGGAUGCAUAGCAAACAUCGUGUCCUUCACGUCACCCAAAGACGCGUGCAGGGCGGCGGCCGUUUCUUUGCUGGUCAAAUCCGCCGCCGAAUCCGACACCGUCUGGGAGCGGUUUCUGCCGCCGGAUUACGGCGAGAUCGUUUCGGGGUCGAAUUCUCCGGUGGCGGCGUAUUCCACCAAAAAGGAACUAUAUUUCUUGCUUUGUGACUCUCCUCUGCUUCUUGAUGGUGGCAAAAUGAGUUUCAGACUGGAUAAAUCAACAGGAAAGAAGUGUUAUAUGAUGUGUUCAAGAGAACUCCAAAUAACAUGGGCAGACAAUUCCAUGUACUGGACAUGGACAUCUUUACCAGAUUCAAGAUUUGCUGAGGUGGCUGAACUACAAAGUGUAUGUUGGCUUGAAAUCCGCGCAAUAUUUAAAGUGCAAAUGCUAUCGCCUGGCACAGUCUACGAAGCAUAUCUAGUGUUCAAACUGAAUGAGGAACACGAUGGGUUUGAUUGUUCCUCAGAGGCAUCAAUUAAGUUGGUAAGAGAAAACGGAACCGAGAUUGGAAAUGAGAUGACAAGCUCGAUUUUCAUAGUACCACCAACUCAAAGACGUUUAAUAUGGCGAAGAAGAAGAAGGAGAAGUUUGCCCGGUCAAAUAAAUGCCGAUAAUCGAAUUUCAUGCAUUAGAAGAGAUGGUUGGUUUGAAAUUGAGUUGGGAAAUUUUUUCAUUGGUGAAGGAGAUCAAUUUGAUGCCCAAAUUGAAUUUCUUGAAAUUGAACAUCAUAAUUGGAAGAGAGGUCUAAUUGUCGAAGGGAUCGAGUUAAGGCCCAAACACUUUUGAUUCUAUGCUACACGGUGAAGUCUGCAUUCGGUAGAUCUGCACUGUUCAUCUGUACACACCAACGUGGGUGUUUAUGUUAUUUGUGUGUGAAUAAAUGAUAGAGAUUUACCCGAUAUAUUUCGCCUAGUCUAGUAUGGAAUAAAAGAGAAUUGACUUGCAAAAUUUUGUUGUUGUUUUAAAAUUUGAAGUGAAUUUGUUGUGUGUUUUUGUUAU